AUGGGGCAAGGCGACAGUCGGCAGCCGUGGCCGUGUUCUGCGAAGCAGUACAAGUGCCCCGCCGCGUUCAAGAGCGCAGAGUACAACGUGGCGACGUGCUACGUCGAGGAGGGCCAGUGGGGAGCCCUGGCGCUCAACUUCACCUCCUUCGUGAUCCACCGCGACCUGCUCUCGGAGACCUACAGCCCCUACGUCUUCAACGACACCGGACGGCCCGCAGCCUGCAACACCGCCAGUCAAGUCGACACUGGGUCCAGUGCGAAGCUGGGCCUGGGCGGCUGCACAGACCACGUUUACUACCACCCGGCCGGCGGUGGUCCGUCCUAUUACUCCCUCGCCAUCCGCCCGGCAAACUGGACAAACUGCGGAGGUGGAGGAGCACACGACAACGACGCGGACGACGACCGGUGGAUGGUCUUUGGCAUCGUUGCCAUCGCGGUGGCCGGCGGAGUGAUACUUGUCGUUGGUGUGGCUGCCGCCGUUGCUUUUGUCGUGCUCCGCCGAGCGUCCUACUCCCAGUUGUAA